GCCGAAGGUGUGCGGCGCAACAUGGCGGAGCCCUCGAGGAAGCGGCCCUGCGGUCCGGGUGAACAUGGCCAAAGGGUUGAGUGGCGAAAAUGGAAGCAACAGAAGAAAGAGGAGAAAAAGAAGUGGAAGGAUCUCAAGUUGACGAAAAAACUGGAGAGGCAACGGGCACAAAAGGAACAGACAAAGCGCCAGGAGGAGGAGGAGGCCGCUGCACAAAGGGAAGACCGAGGGCGGCCUUGGACCCUGACCGUGGCCCUGCCGGGCUCCAUCCUGGACAACGCCCAGUCGCCCGAGCUUCGCACCUACCUGGCUGGCCAGAUUGCCAGAGCCUGUGCCAUCUUCUGCGUGGAUGAGAUUGUGGUGUUCGAUGAGGAGGGCCAGGAUGCCAAGACUGUGGAGGGGGAGUUCACGGGAGUCGGCAAGAAGGGGCAGGCGUGUGUACAGCUGGCCCGGAUCCUACAGUACCUGGAGUGUCCACAGUACCUGAGAAAGGCGUUCUUCCCCAAGCACCAGGAUCUACAGUUUGCAGGGCUCCUGAACCCCCUGGACAGCCCUCAUCACAUGCGUCAGGAUGAGGAAUCCGAGUUCCGAGAGGGCAUCGUGGUGGACCGACCCACGCGGCCAGGCCACGGCUCCUUUGUCAACUGUGGCAUGAAGAAGGAGGUGAAGAUUGACAAGAACCUGGAACCCGGACUUCGGGUGACCGUGCGACUGAACCAGAAACAGCUCCCAGGAUGCAAGACCUACCGCGGCAAAGUCGUGUCAUCACAGGACCCUCGCACGAAAGUGGGUCUCUACUGGGGCUACACCGUCCGAUUGGCCUCCUGCCUCAGUGCUGUGUUCGCUGAGGCCCCCUUCCAGGACGGCUACGACCUGACCAUCGGGACGUCAGAGCGAGGCUCGGACGUGGCCUCUGCCCAGCUCCCCAGCUUCAGGCACACGCUCGUGGUGUUUGGGGGCCUCCAGGGGCUGGAAGCUGCAGUGGAUGCGGACCCCAACCUGGAAGUGGCAGAACCCAGUGUCCUCUUCGACCUGUACGUCAACACCUGCCCCAGCCAGGGCAGCCGCACCAUCCGCACAGAGGAAGCCAUCCUCAUCUCCCUGGCCGCCCUGCAGCCUGGCCUCACCCUGGCGGGUACCCAGCCCACCUGACAGCUCUAUCGGGUGCGGAGCAUCCAUGAAGCAGCAGUGAACCCGGGGGUUCCUGCUGGUCACCAAGAACAGACACAGCCAAGACUUGUCCCCAAAAACAACCACUUUAAUGAGACCCAGCCCCCCACGCCCACAGUCCACAGUCUCGCCGGGCUGCACCCUCACUUGCUGCCGGCAGUGAUGGCCUUGAGGCUGCCUGCCCGCGCCAGGAUAUUUGGCACGAAGAGCAGCCCAGAGGCCCGCUCGAUGCUCUCGAUGGGCACCAAGAAGCGCUCCAGUGGGAUGGCCUCAUCCACAGGCGCGUUGGGCAUCACGUAGGAGCGGAGCUCGAUCUGUCCACCCACCGCCUCCAGGAUCAGCACCUUGAAGAAGUGCGUGGGCACUGCCACAUGGUUCUUGCCAAUUACCUGGUACUUCACAUAGGAUUUCCCGUCAGCUUCUGUCCUGUGGGCAGACCCAGGCAAACAUGGGAAGCGGGCCUGGUUGAAUCCAAAGCCACCUCCUCCAGGAAGCCUUCCAUGAUCUGACCAUGACUUCUGUCAACCCCUCACUGUGAGGUUCUGGGCCCUGCCUGGCUCCUUCUUGCAGCUGGGAACUCUUUCCAGGACGAAGACUCUUUGCCCUGGUUCUUCUCAUGCCCAACACUGGGCCAGGCAGAAUUGGUGACAAUAAAUGUUGCUUAAAGAAU